UUGAGUCCCCAGCGCAGAGCGAGAUUCGCCGGCCAGAGGCGGGACUCCCCGCCCCGCUGUGCCGGGUCCCGAUCCUCCGCCAGCGCUUGGCAGCCCCGCCCCGCCGCGCCGCGCCAGCAUUGCUGCCCCUGGCUCGGAAGGAGACUGACCCGGGGCCUCGGCCAAGCGGGGGAGCUGAGGCGGCUGGACGCGGGCUGCUAGGGGUGGCGGGGCGGCACCUGGGCAGGGCGGACGCCGGGCUCCGGCCGGGCUGAGCGCUGGGAGACGAUGCAGGGCGCGGAGCUGGACGCUCGGAUCCGCUGCAGUGUCACUGUCGAGCGCCUGUGCCCGAGCGGCCAGGCGCCGAAGCGCCGGGUGAUCCGCGACGCCUCCCUAGCCCUGGGCCGGAACGAGUUCCGGGAGCUGGUGCUGCAAGUGAGCGACGGCCGGGCGCCGCAGAGCUUCGCGCUGCGCGGGGAGGUGCGGCUCUUCACGCGCUUCGUGCGCGACGGGAAAAGCAGCCUGCAGCUGGGCCCCGCGCGAGUGCAGCUGCUGAUCGCUAACUGCCCCCCCGACAGCCUCAGGCGCUUCCUCCGGCUACUGCGCAUCAAGCGCGAGGCGGCGGGAAAGGGAGCGAAGACCGUCACGGAGCGGGCGCGGCUGCUGUGCAGUCUUCCGCGGACCUUCGACACCAUCAGCCCAGUUCAGGCCCGGGACGUGCAGCAGGUCUGCGAUCAGCGGGCCCACGCGAGCGGCGAGGCGACGCCUGUGAAAGGGCAGGCCCCGAGAGACCGAGGGAACAGCGGUCUGUGGAGCAAGUCGCGGAAAAGAGCCAGGACGGAAUCGGCUGAAGCAAGCGAUGUAAGAGAUCCCCAGGCAGCUGACAUGAAAUGCUCAAAGAAGCUAUCUCUGCUAAUGCAUUCACGGAUGAGACUCUCUCAGGAACAGUCCAUUGUGCUGAGUGCAGUGCUGAGUGGAAAGAACGUCUUCUUUACAGGCAGUGCUGGGACUGGGAAGUCAUAUCUGCUGAAAAAGAUUGUGGGUUCGCUCCCCCCAAAGAGCACCUAUGCUACAGCCAGCACAGGAGUGGCAGCUUGUCAUGUUGGUGGCACCACGCUCCAUGCCUUUGCAGGUAUUGGUUCUGGGAAAGCUCCGCUAGAUCAGUGUAUUGAGUUGGCUCAAAGAACUGGAGUACGUCAGCAUUGGUUGAGCUGCCAACAUUUAAUUAUUGAUGAGAUUUCAAUGGUGGAGGGCAAGUUUUUUGAUAAGCUGGAGGCAGUAGCCAGAGCCGUCAGGAAACGGGAUGACCCAUUUGGAGGAAUACAGCUGAUCAUCUGUGGGGACUUCUUACAACUGCCACCAGUCAGCAAAGGCAAUGAGGAAACCAAGUUCUGCUUCCAGGCAGAGAGCUGGAGGAAAUGCAUCCAUGUGAACAUGGAGCUGACAGAAGUGCGGAGACAGACUGAAAAGAGCUUCAUCUCACUCCUGCGUACAAUCCGCCUGGGCAGGUGCACAGAUGAAGUCACCAGGCAGCUGCUGCAAACAGCUACCAACAGGGUUGAGAGAGAUGGGAUCCUUGCAACUCGUCUCUGCACCCACAAGGAUGAUGUGGAACUAACAAAUGAGAGACGGUUGCAACAGUUACCAGGAGAAAUGCACUCCUAUGAGGCUGUGGAUAGCGAUCCCAUGCUAGUCAAAGCAAUUGAUGCUCAGUGUCCAGUAAGUCACUGUAUUCAGUUGAAACCAGGAGCCCAGGUGAUUCUUACUAAGAACCUGGAUGUGUCCCGGGGUCUGGUGAAUGGGGCAAGAGGGGUUGUGGUUGAAUUUGAAACUGAAGGGAAGGGAUUGCCCAGAGUGAGGUUUCUUUGUGGGGUCACAGAGGUAAUCAGGCUGGAGCGAUGGGUCUUCAAAGGUCCAUCUGGAAUUUAUCUGAGUCGUCAACAGUUGCCGCUAAAAUUGGCAUGGGCCAUAUCCAUCCACAAGAGCCAGGGCAUGUCAUUAGACUGUGUGGAGAUCUCCCUGUCUCGUGUCUUUGAAAGUGGUCAGGCUUAUGUAGCCCUUUCCCGAGCCCGUAACCUUGAGGGCCUCCGGGUUUUGGAUUUUGAUCCCAACAUUGUGAGAGCCAAUCCGUACGUGCUACAGUUCUACAGUCACUUACAGAAAGAACUUCUAUUUCAGGCUUCUCUACACAGAUGCACUGAAGCAGAGGAGAAGGAGAAUUGGAAAUCUAGCUGAGGAUACCAUGAGGCACAAGCAGACUGUUCUGGUUUCAGCAGCCCAGCUGUUGUGCACAUCUUAUACCACUGGUGAAAUUUUGCUUCAUUGGCUCAAAGGGCACACCUGCCCACUGUGAAAACACUAGAUGUUCAGGCAGUUAACUUUUGGGGGGGAAAUUCUACCUCUUCUUACGUCCUGUUGGUUUAGGGUUGAGGAUAGCCUCACACCUGGCCCCUCUACACAAGUAUGCAUACAUCAGGAAAUGUGGGACUUGUCCGUGGCAACCUGGAGGAGAAAUGAGAUGUGGCUCUCCCCCUUAUUCCCCUGAACUGGAGCCUACUAGCUGUGGCUGUCAUCACACAGAAAGGGUACUGAAGAGCAAUUGAAAUGCUGGUGCUACAAGUAUGCUAUCUCCAGCUGAAGAAGUGUUAACAAUCAGGAUGUCACUCUGCAGGUCAAGUAAGGUGCACCUUGGCUUUAGAGCCAUUGUAUACUAUCUGUGUCACCGGUUGAUGUAGAGAGGGUUCACUAGUCUUACUGCUGGGUGAAAUUAUGUGGAGUUAUAAACUGUCCUCUUAAUUUUGCUGGUUCUUUGACAAUAAAAGGAUGGUACCUACUGCAAUCUGUCAUAGCAAGUACUAGAAGUCGGGGUAGAGGGGAUUAAGGGUAUGUCAUGAUUUCACAGGCUCUGGGUAUUACCCAGCUUCAGUUUCCUAGGAGUAUUUCCUUAGUUUACUGGACCCCAAGGAUCCACCAUUUUCUACAAAGGCAGGCUCAGGGACUCCAAGGCUGAGCUUACAGGCUCCAGAAACCCCUAUUUCUCUCCUGGGCUCGCUGCACCAUGUCAAGCUGAAGUCCAACUCUGAGACAGACUUCAUCAUAGGGAGCAAUGC